CUUUUUUAUUUUAUUUUAAGAAGACUAUAAAUUGGUUUCGUCUUCGCUCUCUCACAAUCUUCUUCUUCGACUCUCCUUGGCGGCGCACUCAAAGAGAGAUUCAAACAACUCAGAAAAUGGUGGCGACUGGCUUGUUCGUGGGGCUGAACAAAGGACACGUUGUUACAAAGCGAGAGCAACCUCCUCGACCUAACAACAGAAAAGGGAAAACAAGCAAAAGAACUCUCUUUAUCAGGUCCCUCAUCAGGGAAGUUGCUGGUUUUGCUCCUUAUGAGAAGAGGAUCACUGAGCUUUUGAAGGUCGGUAAAGACAAGAGAGCUCUCAAAGUUGCCAAGAGGAAGUUGGGAACCCACAAGAGAUUUUGUUUAACUUCUGUGCUUGGUUAG